AUGCGUGCCUUUAUUGUUUUGUGCCUUGUGGCCGUUGCCUGUGCCGAUAAACUGGGUUACAACUAUAAGCCGGUAGAGCACACUAGCUCAGGAUUAUCGUUCACUCCUGGCAGUGGUAGCGGAAGCUCCCUUGGAGGACUCGGCGGUGGUUCCCUUGGAGGACUCGGCGGUGGUUCUCUUGGAGGACUCGGCGGUGGUUCUCUUGGAGGACUCAGCGGUGGUUCUCUUGGAGGACUCGGCGGUGGCUCUCUUGGCGGUGACUCUCUAAGUAGUGGCUCCCUCGGUGGUGGCGGACUCGGUGGAGGACUCCUGGGCUCCGGUAUUGGCAGCUCUGGUCUGGGUAGCUCUGGAUUGGAUGGACCCGUCAACUACAAUGCUGCGCCAUCAUCCGAGCUAAACAAGGAGUUCUACACCUUCAGUGCCAAUGAAGAUGACUUCGAUGAGCCCCAAGCUUUGGAUCGCGCUGCCAAUUCCGUCAAUAAGGGUCUGCGCGUUGUCUUCAUCAAGGGACCCGAGAACCGUGGCUUGGAGAAUGCCGCUCUGGCUCUGGCCAAGCAGGCUGCCCAACAAGAGACCGCCAUCUAUGUCCUGAACAAACAGGCCGAUAUCGGUGAUCUGGCCAACAAACUGAAUGCCAUCCGCAGCAAUAACAACAACAAACCCGAGGUGCACUUCGUCAAGUACCGCACUCCUGAGGAUGCUGCCAACGCACAGCGUGCCAUCCAGUCGCAGUACGACUCUCUGGGCGGCUCAAGCCAGUCCCACAAUGGAGGUGUGGCCAAUGCUCUGAACUUUGCUUCGGCACCACAGUACCGUCAGCCAAACGCUCAGAUCCCAGAGAACUCCUACCUCCCAUCGUCUGUGCUGCGUCGUCUGCGUUUCCGUUAUUAA